AUGCCAGCUAAAUUCUGUUCAUACUUCGAGCGUACUGGCAAAUGUCGAUUUGGAGAGUUUUGUAAGUUUGCUCAUUCAAGAGAUUGCGAUACAUCUGCAUGCUCAAAUAGGGUCGUUGCUCCGGGAUCUUCCGCUAACAAUCCUAUCGUCUAUAAGCCGUUUUCAUUGGGGACGCUACAGGUGGAAUUAGCAAGUAAAUUAACGUCAGGUUCUCUCUUUUCAAGUCAUUCCGAUGCUUUGGUGGUUUUCUGGCCUGGUCAAGACCGUUUGGAAGUCUUGUGGAAAGGUUUUUUGAUGCCAUCUGAUCUCGCCAAUGUGUGGCAGAUUAAUAGCCAGACACAGGCGCUAAACUUUAUCAAUUCUGGAUUACAUGCGCUUCUUAAGGACAAUCUAGCUCCACAAUUCGUGAGAGAGCUUGGGAAAACGGAAGGACGUGGAGUUGUCGUGAUUCAGGAGCUUUUGGAUCUCAAAUAUGAUGUCGAUGCUGGUAGACGACGCACUGUCGUGUCAUUUCAAAGAGGAUUUGUGCCUUUCGUGACAAUGUUGACUAUGCGACGCUUUGAAAUGGUUAGCCAGCAUAUGGAUGAAGCGAAUUACGUUUACGCCUACUUGCGAACAAUUCAUGUGCAGCUUUUUCGAUUGUUUCUCGACCACUUACAAGAAAUUGUAGAUCGUCAUAGCAUCGAAGACAACGAGAUGUCGCAUGCGACUUUCUUACACGAGACAGAUGGUCGAAAAUACGCUCCUCUAUGCUUUACGCAAGUUUGUCUUCCUUUUAUUCGAUUACUCUACUUGCUAGGCAACAAGUUUAAGGAUUUUAUCUAUGAAGACACUUUUCAUACAACAGUCACUUUCUUGGACGCACUGACGUCCGCGUGGAUCGAAGAAUGUCAAAAAAGUGAUUUGUCAAUUGACUCGAACCUGUGUUUCAAAAUGAUGAAAGAAGAAAUUAAGCGACUGCAUCAGAUGAUUCGACGGGGAGAGCAUGGCCUUCGAGUUGGUUCAAAGCUGAAAAAAGAGAAAUUGGAGCGAGAUUGGGACGAGGCGCAACCUUGGGACGUUAUUGAAGUGGAGAUGCCCGGAGAAAAGGUGCAUGAAGACGGCACCGUUGGUCCUCGACAUGACAAUGAUCAUUGCGACAUUCGAGAUAUCCAACUGCUUCCAACAACAGAAGAGUGUUUGACACGCGAACCUCCAUUAUUACCCGGAAACUAUCCCUUUCAUGAAAACGCGCAUUGGUUACCACCUGGACCCGAGCGCUGGGUGGACACCCACUUUCGACUGUAUCGAGAAGAUUUUUGUGGUAUCAUUCGGACUUGCUUACAAGACCUUAAAUACCGUCUCAUGGAAGGCGAUGAAAAACUUGCUCAAGGUCGCCUUCGAGAAGCGGACGUGGAUUACAAUAUCUAUCCAAUUCUAAACACUUCUAUGCCGCUUAAACAUACAAAUAGUCGAAGCGAGCGAGAAAGCGGUCGCCGAAUUGAGCGUCAUGGACUUUGCAUUAAUGUGCAAUUUCAACAGCCGUCCACCGCAGAAAUGAUUGGAAAGAAGCUUAAAGGUCAAAACAAAAGUCGAAAAGAGCUUUGGGAAAAGACGGGUCGACUCCCUUAUAAUGGAAUGGUAGCACUUGUCGCGUACAUCGAUGGAAGUUUGGAAGUCAUUUUUUGCCAGAUUGUCUCCCGUGAGAUUGAUAACUUAGUGAAGGAUAUUGCCGAAAUAACAUUGAAGCCUUUUGAGGUUCAGGAUUUCACCCUUUUCGAGUUGUGGCAACACUCGUCUUCUAUAAGACCCCAGUGCCGUAUUUUGCUUUUGGAAUUUAAUAAGAUUUUCUACAUCGCCUAUGAACCAGUUUUGCGUGCGCUACAGACAUUGGAACCAUCGAUUUUACCAUUUCUCGAGUACUUAGCCCCCGAGACGGCACCGAGACAGGGAGCAAUUGAUAUGGAAGCUCCACUUUACUGUUUGACCGAUAACUUUACAUUUGACCUCAGCUCGGUAAUUCGCACGUAUCCUAAUUUGGCGGUUGAUCGUCCGCAGUCACUACACUUGAAACCUCUAGAGCAAAAUUCUCGUGAUACUUGUGAGGCUGCGCUAGUUCGCUACUCGGCAUUAGAACGUGACCAGGCAAAGGCACUGGUGGAAGCGCUAAGCAGUCGCGUCGCGUGUAUUCAAGGCCUACCUGGUACUGGAAAAUCAUAUAUUGGAUCCAUGCUAACAAACAUCAUCAUCGAAGCCAAGAUUUCGCCGGUGUUGGUUGUGUGCUAUACGAAUCAUGCUCUGGAUCAAUUUUUGUGUCAUCUAUUGGACAUUGGGAUUACGAAUCUUGUGCGUAUUGGAGGACAGUGCAAGGAGCCACGUUUGGAAAAGUACAAUCUCAAUAACUUGCCUCGAAACUAUCAGCGAUACGAACUGAAACGUCUAUACGAUACACUUGAUCAAAAUGCUGACGCUAUUGCUACCGCGCUGCGAGCCCUCGAGUCACAGACUCGACGCCCAACGUGGAAAACAUUGAAAUGGUUUCUCGAGACCCAUUAUCCAGAUAUCUAUGACUCGUUUGCAGAGCGCAAUUCCGAGCUGUACGAAGAUGGCUGGGAAGUUGCGGGAUACGAUGAUAUACUGGACUAUUGGAUUCAAGGGGAAGACUUGAACUUCCUUAGACGCCAGACCCUUUCCAACGAGUGGACGCGAAAUUCAAAUGUAUGGAUGUGGAGCCUGGCAGCACGUCGUGAUGCACUUGCGGAAUGGACCGUAGCGCUACGAAGUGGUUUAGUUGAAGAGCUAAUCAAAGCCCAGAAGUCAUACAUGGAGACAAUGACAAAGAUUCAAACGGUCCGACAUCAAGCAGAUGUAGGCGUGCUCCAACAUGUCCGGAUCAUCGGGAUGACGACAACCGGAGUUGCAAAAAAUCAAGAGAAGAUCGCAUCUGUUGCACCUCCAGUGGUGAUUUGCGAAGAAGCGGGCGAAGUUUUAGAAGCGCAGCUGAUCACUUGCCUGUCACCGUCCUGUCAGCAGCUUGUGUUGAUUGGGGAUCACCAACAAUUGCGUCCACAUGUUGCAGACCACAAUCUAAGCGUGGAUAGCUCGAUUGGCAAGCGGUUUGCGCUCGACAUAUCUCUUUUUGAACGUUUGGUUGCGCCAUCAUCAGGUUUGCCGUUCUGGAUGCUGACAGAGCAACACCGCAUGCGUCCGCAAAUUUCACAGCUAAUUCGCAUGCUUUUUUAUCCAAAGCUGCGUGAUGCACAAGAAACAUUAAACUAUCCAGGUCUCCGUGGUGUGAAAAAAGACGUUUACUUUGUGAGUCACAAUCACCCAGAGGACGGUGCGUUUGUGGUCUUAGGUGCAUCGUCCCGCUCUCACUCGAAUACAUACGAAGUUGCGUAUAUCGUCGCAGCUCUGAAGUACCUUUUGCAGCAGGGAUACCACUCCAGUGACAUCGCGAUACUAACGCCAUACGUUGGUCAGCUAAUGAAGUUGCGAUCUGCAUUAAAGGGGCAAUACGUUCUUGAGUUGAAUGAGCGCGACGUGGAGGAGAUACAGCGCACUUAUGAUGAAGUGGACGAUGACCAGGACGAAGAAACUGAUCUUUUACCGCUUGAAGCAAUCAAGAAGGAGUUGUCAGGUGCCAUUCGUGCGGCUACAAUUGACAACUUUCAAGGAGAAGAAGCUACUGUCAUUUUGGUAAGUUUGGUCCGUAGCACAAAGGACGCACACGGUAGUGGGACGAUUGGAUUUUUGAAAACGCCAAACCGAAUAAAUGUUCUUCUAUCCCGAGCAAAACAUGGACUGAUUCUCGUUGGACAGGGCGAGUUGCUACGUGCAAAGUCUCCAUUGUGGCAGCAAAUCCUCGAUCAACUGCAUAGUGAUGGCUCCUUUGGUGAUGGAUUGCCAUUGUACUGUCAGCAACAUCCCGAGUACCAACGUGUCGCGAAGUCUCCAGACUCGUUUGCGUUGCUAGCACCAGAUGGCGGCUGUCUUCAGCCGUGUGGCACUAGAUUGCCGAAUUGUGGCCAUAUCUGUCCAAAGUUGUGCCACAUCGAUCAACAAUCUCACAGAACAGUAUUUUGUACACAGCCCUGUCCACGAUUACAAGAAGGUUGUGGUCAUGUUUGUCCUGAUAUCUGCGGCAAUGCAUGUGGCCGAUGCGAAGUGCUUGUUGGCGCAAUUGUCCUGCCUUGUGGUCAUACAUACAACAAUGCAAGGUGUUUUGAGGCUAAGAUGCCGUCAAAGCUAUUGUGCAAGGCACUAGUUGAUAAGGUUAAUCCUGUGUGCGGUCACACGCAACGCGUCGCAUGUAGCACCAAAAAGAUGCAAUGCAGUCGAAUAUGCGGAAAAGCGCUUUCUUGUGGCCAUGCGUGCGUUCGCAAAUGUAGCGAGUGCAUUGAAAAGACUCUCGAUGCGAGCAUGGGAGAUCAAGAGUUAAAAUUUCCUAUCGAUCCUACGGAACACGGCGCAUGUCAAAAAAAAUGUGAGCGGAAGUUACCGUGUUGCCAUUGUUGUCAAAAAGUUUGCCAUAGCGACUCACCGUGUCCUCCGUGUCAACACACAUGUGAUGUUUUCAGCUGUAAGCAUGGGUCGUGCAAGCACGUGUGCAGUAAUCCUUGCGCUGCUUGUACUGAACAAUGCAGCUGGAGUUGUAUACAUUGUGGGGAUUGCUCUUUACCUUGUGGGGCUCCUUGUAUUCGACGCCUGUGUGACCAAAGAUGUUUAAAGAACCUAAAAUGUGGCCACCAGUGUCCGAGCGUAUGUGGCGAAGACUGCCCGACUCCAAAGUUUUGCCACGAAUGUGGUGAUAAUACGAUAAGACAACGAAAUGCAGAUCUAAUUCUUUUCCAGACAUAUGAAGAGAUCAAUCCAGAUGAAGACCCAAUCUUUGUCCUACCGUGCUGCUCAAUGGUCUACACGAUGGCGACCUUAGAUGGCACUCUGCACUUGAGUACAUUUUUUGAUAGCAAUGGAAUUCCGCUUGGCCCUCUUCCUGAGGGAUAUCUCGAUCCUCCUCGGUGCCCAAACUGCCAGAAACCCAUUCGAAAUCUCCGUCGGUAUGGUCGAAUCACGAAGCGAGCGGCUAUUGACGCCGCAGAAAAGAAUUUUAUUCUGCACUCGCACCAUCUAUUGAUGACACUACAAGAGCGUACAAACAAAGUGGUGGAGAUCGGUGAUCUCAGAAGUGAUAGAACAUUGCGGCAUGACCUUCGUAUGUUUGGAGCAAAUGUGAAAAGACCGCCCUGUCAAAAAAUAUAUGAGGCUUGUGUUGCGCUAUUAACAAAAGCGAAGGGUGGGCAAGGUGGUGGCGAUGUGGUCAUUGACCAAAGUGCCGUCCCUGUUCCCGACUCAAAGUUUAAAUUUCUCGGAUAUUUUAAUCUUCUCUCUGCUCAACUUUCAAACUUAGGUUCUGGCGAAGUAAAAGCUAAAGCUUUACAGUAUGCUCAAGAUGCAAUCGAUGAGUUUGAAAAAGGGUCGCAUGGAAAGCAAGCAGGAGAGGCACGACUGAUUAAGGUGCAAAUAUUGAUUGCGAAUGCAGAAGAAAAACUUAAAGAGUCUGUUGAAAUCAAGAAACAUAAAAAACGCACGGAAGAAAUUGAGCGGCUUGCGUACGACAUGAAUGUCGAGAUCAAGCGAUUAAAAACGGGUUCGAUGUCUUUUUUGGCUGAACAUGAACACGAUAUCAAAAACCUGGAACAACAUUUGGAGCUUAUUGUUUGCCGUGCUAGGAAUGCUACGUUCUAUCAAGAAGUAUCAGUUUCUGAAAUGAAAGCAAUUAAGACUGCUAUGCAAGCGGAAUUUCGCGGAUCAGGUCACUGGUAUCGUUGCGAAAAUGGUCACCCGUACUCGAUCGGCGAGUGUGGAAUGGCAAUGGAAGCAACGCGGUGCCCUGAUUGUGGAGUGCCAGUGGGAGGUCAGAAUCACAUGUUAGUACGAGGAUCUCAAUUUGAUACGCAUAUGGACUCGUUGUAA